AGUACUAAACAAAAGUUUUUCAGUUCCAGCGAUCACAGCAGAAUGAGUCCAACUCUGAACGAACUCUGUAAAUAUAUGUUCAGUUGCGCAGAAAAAUUAGAGGAAGAAAUCAAAAUCAACAUCAAUGAUUGCCUCAACUCAGUUACUGAUCAGAAAGACCCAGACUACCAAGUGCUGGCUUUAGAGAAAGUGAAAGACAAUCAUUACAAAGAAAUCCUGAAACUCUUAAGUGAUAUAGUAACAAAUAUUCGAAAAAUAAUUUAUCAUGAGGAAUACAUCAAAAAAGUAGAUUACAGAAAGAGUAACAGUAUCGACGACGUAAGAAAAUGCCACUAUUCUUCUAUUCAAAAUUUGAAUACUAAUUACCAUAUCACGCCAUUAUCUACUUCAGUUCAAAAUUUACCAUCUCAAAUAGAAAAAGAUUUCAAGAGAGAAAGGAGGAGAGUUGUCUCGGCAGUAUCGCUACACUCUUUAGAAGCCUGGGAGUCGUAUUUGAAGAAUAAAGAACUAGAGGAGGAAAAUCUACCAGAAGAGGUUCAAACACUUACCGUUAGUAGAAGAAAGAUAUCGAAGAGGAAACAAAUGAAAUUUGUAUCUUCAACUUUUAAUGGUUUCUUAGAUACCGGAUUGAGUGAUGGCUCUAGUGUUGAAGAUAGUAGACUUGCAGAUAGUACGGAACUUUCUAUUAAAGAGGAGAGCGAGGAUGAAUCUGUGACCGAUGAUCAUUAUUUUUUGACUGACAAGAGUGACACUGCGCAAGAAGAAGAAUAUUCCGCUACGUCUGACCAAGAAGCCAAUGCUGAAAAACAUGUUGAUGAAGAGAAUAUGGAGACACAAUCUGAUAUAUCAGAUUUGAGAUCACCUGAUGAUUUUGGUAGCAAUGAACCUUCAGAAGAAUUCAAGCCAAAAAUAGUUGACGUGCUGUUUAAGAAGAAAUAACAUCAUUGACCAAGUAGUCUUAAGCAAAAUGAUCGACAAACCACUAUCAAUCUGGAUGUCUACAACCUGUUCUAUAUUUAUUGCUUGUACUCAUUCCAAAAAUGAGACAUGAAACGAAUUCUAUUUGUGUGAUGAAUACCAGUACUGAUGUUAACUACAUAAGUGACUUUAUAUGUACAAAUAAAUCUUUUCAAUUUC